AUGGCUAACAGGAGGAGGAGGAACACCGUUGGAGCUGAUGACAUAGCUCAGGCGAUCCAUCGUAUGGUGGACGCGAUGCAGCCCAUAGCGGCGCCAUCCAGAGCUGUAGUGGCACCUACCCAGCCAGUAUCUAUGGAGGAUUUCAUGAAACACCCGCCGACCAAGUUCUCGGGCAAGGCCACUCCUGAUGAGGCAGAUGCCUGGAUGCGGGAAUGUGAGAAGAUCUGUAGAGUGUUGGGGUGCACGGAUGAGCAGAGGCUGUUGUUUGUCACAUUUCUCCUGGUGGCAGACGCAGAGUACCGGUGGCUGGGGAUGCAGCAGUUGAUGCAGACCCGUGAGGAGCAGGUGACAUGGACUAUCUUCAUGACCAGGCUCCUGGAGAAGUACUUUCCCGACAGUGUGAGGCACGAGCGGGAGACAGAAUUCCUUACUACCAUGACUGUGGCGGCAUACAUUGAGAGGUUCGAAUAUCUGGCGCGUUUCUACACUCCAGUAGUCACUGAGGAGUGGAGGUGUAGGAAGUUCGAGGGCGGACUAAAACAUGAGUUACGCCGUUUCAUUGUGCCGCUUCGGAUUAGAGAGUUUCCAAUUUUGGUCGAGCAGGCUAAGACUGUGGAGCAGUUGGAGACUGGGUCGAGUAGGGGAGGGAAACAGCAGAGAACUACCCCAGAUGUCAGAUCACAGAAGAAACCUUAUAGCAGACCACCGACUACCUGGGGGAGGCUACAUUGUUAUAACUGUGGCGGGGAGCACUUGAGGAGGGAUUGUACAAGACCUGCCAGCACUACAGGUGGAGGCAGUGGCACUGGCAAGUGCUACGUAUGUCAGCAGACAAGGUACUUUGCACGUCAGUGUCCUAACAAGAGACCAGCUGGUGGUGCGCCAUCUAAGAGGCCAGUAAGAGAUCGACCCAGAGCACCGGGGCGUGUGUUCGCCUUGACGACCACGGAGGCGAAACAGUCAGGUAACCUUUUACAGUUUCUGUGUCUGUUGUGUGACCACGAGGUGGUGGUGUUGUUCGACUCGGGAGCCACUCAUUCGUUUGUGUCUAAUGAAUGUGUGAGGAGGCUCAGGCUCACGAUGCGAGAGCUGGGGUGCGAGCUUUUAGUAGCGACGCCAACGUCUGGAGAGGUAUCCACCACUUCUGUGUGUGUGGGGUGCCUUAUGGAGGUGGCAGGCCGUAGGUUCAUGCUGAAUCUCAUUUGUUUGCCGAUGGAGGGUCUAGAUGUGAUUCUGGGCAUGGACUGGUUGUCAAGUAACCAUGUCGUCAUUGAUUGCGGGCAGCGCAAGUUAGUGUUUCCUGAUACGGUGGGGUUAGAACUUAUCUCGUCUAAUCAGGCGAUGAGGGAGAUUGAGGUUGGAGCUACAUGUUACAUGAUUGUGUCUCAGGCGGAGAAGAUGAGCACGACCGAGAAGAUCCGCAGGAUUCCGGUAGUGGAUGAAUACGCAGACGUAUUUCCGGAUGAGAUUCCAAAGCUACCGCCUAACAGGGAUGUAGAUUUCUCCAUUAAUCUCAUCCCUGGCGUUGGGCUGGUGUCUAUGGCACCUGCAUCACCGUGGGGAGCACCGGUUCUGUUAGUGAAAAAGAAGGAUGGUAGCUCUCGGUUGUGCGUUGAUUACCGACAGCUGAAUAAGCUAACGAUAAAGAAUAUGUACCCGUUGCCGAGGAUUGAUGAUUUGUUGGAUCAGUUGAGGGGAGCUGCGGUGUUCUCAAAAAUAGACGUGAGAUCUGGAUAUCAUCAGAUCCUUGUCAGGAUGGAGGAUGUCCAGAAGACUGCUUUUCGAUCACGGUAUGGUCACUACGAGUAUGUAGUGAUGCCAUUUGGGGUGACCAAUGCGCCGGCUAUAUUCAUGGAUUACAUGAAUAGGAUUUUCAGGCCAUACCUAGAUCAGUUUGUAGUAGUGUUUAUCGAUGACAUUCUGAUCUACUCUGAGAGCAGGGAAGAACACGCAGAGCAUCUGAGAGUAGGGUUGGGGAUUCUCAGAGAGCACCAAUUGUAUGGGAAAUUGUCGAAAUGUGAAUUCUGGUUGGAAGAGGUACAAUUCCUAGGCCAUGUGAUCUCAACCCAAGGAAUAGCCGUUGAUCCGGCAAAGAUAGAGACGGUGGUGAAGUGGGAGAGGCCCCAAACAGUUUCAGAGGUGCGGAGUUUCCUGGGUUUGGCAGGGUAUUAUCGACGAUUUGUGGAGGGUUUCUCCAAGAUGGUGAGUCCUCUUACACAGCUUACGAGAAAGGACCAACCUUUCUCGUGGACAGAUGGGUUAGGCUGUGUGCUGAUGCAGGAUAAAUGGCUUGUAGCUUAUGCAUCGAGACAGUUGAAGGUGCAUGAGAAGAAUUACCCGACACACGACUUGAAGUUAGCGACAGUCGUGUUUGCUCUCAAGACAUGGAGGCAUUACCUGUAUGGAGCGCAGUUCCAGGUCUUCAGCGAUCAUAAAAAGGCAUUGGAUAGAGUAUUUAAAAGGACUACGACGUUAGCGGAUGCCUUGAGUAGGAAGAGAAUUCAUGUAUCAGCUAUGAUGAUUAGAGAGUUGGAGCUGAUAGAACAGUUAAGGGAUAUGAAUCUGGGGUUGGAUAUGGGGCCUGGACAGAUACGAUGUAGUAUGUUGAGGAUCACCAAUGAGUUCCUAGAUGAGCUCCGUGUGGAACAGGGUAAGGAUCAGGAGCUGUAG